CGCGGGGUCUCAAGGAAUCGCCUCCCCGUCGUUCCUUUAUUGGGAAUUGAGAUUCUGGUUGGCGAAUGUGAUUCAGUGUGGGCGUUGGAAUUUAGUUAUUCCGGACUCUGAACUCAGUUGUUUUGGGGGAUAUAGGUUUUCUGUGGAGGUUUUGAGUAGGACUCGUGACGAACGAAUAGUUUGCUUCUUGCGGUGAUCUGAAUUCUGAGUAGAUUGGGGGUUUCUGGUUCUGUGUGAGUUGUUUUUUGGGUUUAUAAUGAUCGAGUGAGAAUGGUGAGGUUUCUGGGACUCACUCGUGGAGACUCUUAUGAGUCACCUCGAGAGAUCGCCUCCAGGGCCACAACGACGAGCGAGAAUGGCGAGAGUGGUUGGCUCAUUCGGUUCUUUGACUCGGCAUUUUUCUGUGAGUGGAUUGCUGUUAGCUAUCUCUACAAGCAUGAACACUCGGGGGUACGUGAUUACCUCUGUAACCGAAUGUAUACGCUGCCUCUAUCAGGGCUGGAGAGCUAUUUGUUUCAAAUAUGCUACAUGAUGGUGCACAAGCCUAGCCCUUCCUUGGAUAAAUUUGUAAUUGAUAUGUGCUCGAAGUCGCUUCAGAUAGCUUUGAAGGUGCAUUGGCUUUUAGCUGCUGAGCUUGAUGACUCUGAUGAUAAUGAUGGGAUAAGUAGGAUUCAAGAGAAGUGUCAGAUUGCAGCGACCUUGAUGGGUGAAUGGCCGCCUCUUGUGCGACCUCAAGGAGAAUCGACAACCCCUGGGAGCAAGAACCAGGUUUUAAAUAAACUAUUAUCAUCAAAACAGCAGUUAUUGUCCCUUGUAUCUUCUCCGCCUGACCGGAGGUCCUUGUCAUUCUCACCUUCAUCAGGGAACAAUUGGCAAGAAGAUGCCAGUCAAUCAUCACCGGAUGAGAACAAUAUCUUUAAGAAAUUUAUCCCGAGCCCGAAGGUCAGAGAUGCAUUUUUAUUUAGGAAGUCGGCAGAUAAAGAUGACGAUGAUACUGAAAAGGAUGGGUUUUUCAAGAGGCUUUUAAGGGACAGUAGAAGUGAUGAUGACUCAAGUUCUAAGAUUCGGGAUACUCUGCUCUUCAGGAAGUCAUCAGAAAAAGAUGACGAUGACUCUGAUAGAGAUAGCUUUUUCAAGAGGUUUCUGAAGGAUAACAGAGGAGAAGAUGAGGAUGUGAAUUCAAGCUCAGAUGGCUUUUUCAAGAGGUUUAUGAAGGAUAACAGAGGAGAAGAUGAGGAUGUGACUUCAAGCUCAGAUGGCUUUUUCAAGAAGUUGUUUCGUGAUAGCAAGAAUGACUCUGUGGAUAAAGUAGCUUCCAAGUCUGGGGAGGAUGAUGAGAAGGAAGGAUUUUUUCGAAAAAUUUUCAAGGAUAAGUUUGAAGAUAAGCGAGAUGGUAAUGACGGAAAUGAAGAUGAUAUUAACCCCGAAGAAAAAUGUUCUAAAUCCAGGGAAGAUGAUGAAAAGGAGGGGUUUUUUCGUAAAUUUUUUAGGGAUAAAUUUGAGGACAAAAAUGAUAUCAUUGAUAAGUUUGAAGAUGCCAAUGGGAAUGGGGAGGAAGAAGAGCCUUCAGAUUUCUCAUUAUUUCGCAGAUUGUUUCGGGUGCAUCCUGAGGAGGCAAAAAGUAUUGAAUUAAAUGAUAACAGCAACAUAGAUAGCCUGCCUGAAAGUAGUCGAGGUACUGAAAAUUUUUUUCGCAAGUUGUUUCGAGAUCGGGAGCGUUCGAUUGAAGAAUCAGAGCUUUUAGGAUUAAAGAAGCACAAGGAGAAGCAUCCGGGUUCCCCGAGGCAGCGAAAUGAUAAGUCAAAUGUGAAGCCUCCACUUCCAAAUACUGCAUCUCAAUUCAGAAAAGGAGCUUAUCACGAGUCGUUGGACUUUGUUCACUCUUUAUGUGAGACAUCAUAUGGUUUAGUGGAUGUAUUUCCAAUUGAAGACCGCAAAAGUGCUCUUCGGGAGUCUCUUGCAGAAUUAAAUUUAAAAGUAGCCGAGGCUCAAAAUAAUGGAGGUGUUUCCUUUCCCAUGGGAAGGGGGAUGUAUCGCGUUGUCCAUAUUCCUGAAGACGAAGCUGUACUUCUCAACUCUAGGGAAAAAGCACCUUACUUAAUAUGCGUUGAAGUACUGAAAAGUGAUGUUCCAAACAACGUAAAGGAUGCCUCCAGUGCCCAAAAGUUAUCAAGAGGAGGAAUUCCUUUAGCAAAUGGAGAUGCACUGCUGCACAAGCCACCUCCUUGGGCUUAUCCAUUGUGGACAACUCAGGAGGCUUACCGUAAUAGUACUGAUCGAAUGUCCAGUUCUACUGCUCAAGCAAUUGAUCAAGCAAUGUCACAUAAGUCAGAUGCAAAAGUGAAAUUUGUGAGUUUGAAACUUAUGGUGGAGAAGCAACUGCAGAAUGAGCCAAAGAAUACCAGAAUAACUGGUUCAGACUCUGCUGAAAUAGUAUCAAGUACUCAACAAGGUACAGCAAAUGUUGCUCAUGGUUCAGGAGCAGCUCCGAGCAGUGACUUGGAGUGGGUGAGAGUUGUGCUCACAGCUGAUCCUGGAAUUAGAAUGCGAGACAUUGAAGUACCGGGAGCACCACGUCGGAGGGAACACCGCCGUGUCCCAAGUACCAUAGCUAUAGAAGAAGUAAAGGCUGCUGCAGCAAAAGGAGAGGCACCUCCUGGACUCCCUCUAAAAGGGGCUGGUCAGGAUUCAUCAGAUGCACAGCCGAGGGCAAAUGGCAGCACACCCAAGGCCAGUGAUGCCUUAUCUGGAGAACUUUGGUCAGUUAAGAAAGAGAGGAUACGUAGAGCUUCAGAAUAUGGAAAGUUAUCUGGUUGGGACUUGCGUUCUGUCAUUGUGAAGAGUGGAGAUGACUGCAGACAGGAGCAUCUCGCUGUGCAACUUAUUUCACACUUUUAUGAUAUAUUUCAAGAAGCUGGUCUUCCUCUCUGGUUACGUCCCUAUGAAGUAUUGGUAACUUCUUCUUACACAGCUCUUAUUGAAACAAUUCCAGACACGGCUUCACUUCAUUCUAUCAAAAGUAGAUAUCCUGGAAUCUCUAGUUUGCGUGACUUCUUUGUUGCCAAAUAUGAAGAAAAUUCUCCAAGUUUUAAGCUUGCCCAGAGAAAUUUUGUGGAAAGUAUGGCCGGAUAUUCCCUCGUCUGCUACCUUCUGCAGGUGAAGGAUCGGCACAAUGGAAAUUUGCUAUUGGAUGAGGAGGGUCAUAUAAUACAUAUUGACUUUGGCUUCAUGCUCUCAAACUCACCUGGUGGGGUAAAUUUUGAGAGUGCUCCUUUCAAAUUAACUCGGGAGCUUUUAGAGGUCAUGGAUUCUGAUGCCGAAGGAGUUCCAAGCGAGUUUUUUGAUUAUUUUAAAGUUUUAUGCAUUCAAGGAUUUCUUACAUGCCGUAAACAUGCUGAACGUGUCAUUCUUCUCGUUGAGAUGUUGCAGGACUCUGGAUUUCCAUGCUUUAAAGGUGGCCCACGAACAAUUCAAAACCUUAGAAAACGAUUUCACCUCAGCUUGACUGAAGAGCAAUGUGUCUCUUUAGUGCUUUCACUUAUCAGUAACAGCUUAGAUGCAUGGCGGACCCGGCAGUAUGAUUAUUAUCAGAGAGUAUUGAAUGGAAUUUUAUGAGGUUUAGAUUCCCACGGUGGCUACAGUUUCUUUGUUUUACCAUUUGAGACUGCCAACCUAGUGAACCAUUUUGAAUGAGAUCACAUCUCUAAUCAACUAGCAAUUUAAGGCUAGUUUGUUUCUGUUGGGUGGCUUCAAAGUUUCCCUGGAUGUCAUAAUAGAUUCUUUCCUAUAGCUGCAUGGCCCCCUGUUUUGCUCAAACGAGGCAAACCAGUGAUCUUAUAAGCCGAUACAAAGUACUGCAGUCUGAUCAACGGCUGAAGCAGUACCCGUUUUCAAUUUUCUCAUUUGAUUUAGUGCAUAACUUGUGGCUGCUUCCAGGGAGAGCAGAUUCAGCUUCCCGCCCGUUACCCAAAAAGCAUACCCUGUACAUAGUAAUUCCAGUUUUCAGUGGAGAAGACAGACCAAACUCGCCGUUGCUUCCAGUGCCCUCUGUACUUAAUGACAUCAAGAUAUGGCAGCUACACAUAUGGGGGUACUUAACGUGAAGCAACCAGGCAAUUAGAGCCAGCACGCCUUGGUGAAAGAACGAAAAUCGCUCGCAUCGUAUAAAGGUUAAUUCUAUCUUGUUUUCUUCCCAUCUGUGCUUUUCAACUCGUCUGAUCCUGUCAACACUUGUUGUACUUGUACCAAAGAGGUUGUUGUGAUAGCAAAAUUGUUCAGUGCAUCAGUGUCUGUUUCUUGUGCAAUUGGUUCCAGUUUCUCAUACUGGAAAAUUCUCUAAUUUGAGCCAAUGAUAUAUGAUGAGUUUCAGUGGAAUUGGUCUCUGCUGUUAUUUA